AUGUCAUCGGAAAUGGGUUGGAAUUUCGCCUGGAAUUGGUCGGAGUUUUGUUCGACGGGCGUUAAACCAUUUGCUGCCGGCUCCAAUGAUUUGCUGCCAUGUUUCCAAGAGAUUGUUCUGCAAUUUCCCAUCUAUACAAUAUUUGCAGCAAUAUCGGCAUAUAAUUUUGGUGCAUUUUCCCGGAAUGUUGCACGAAAUCGUACCCAGUUGCUGGCAAUAAAUUGUAGAGUUUUAAUCUCGUUAAUGCUGGCCGCAUUACCCGUAUUGAAAAUAUUUCUAUUUUAUCGUAUGGGUGUAAAAUUGUAUGCUGCCGAUGUUUUGAUUGUAUGUGCGGAGUGUGUUAUGUGGGUAGUGCAUGGAGGCUAUUUAUUAUCAUCACGCAACUUUGGCCAUGUAAAUCACCGUGGACCGCUGGUGAUGACUGUAAUGUGGCUGGCUGUAUUUGUUUUGGAUGCGGUAUGGUUACGCUCAAGUCGCCAUUAUGAUUGGUGGCCAUGGAGUUUGGCCACUUUGUUAUUAGAUCUAUGUUAUGUUGUUACCCUACUGCCCAAGGGCAAUGCCGUAUAUUCAGCACAACGGAUGCCUCAUCAGGAUAGCCUAUCGGAAACCACAUCAUUGUUAUCGCAACGUUAUACCCAUUUCCAUUUUGAUUUUAAUGAAGUUCAUUUGGGUCAUGCUCAAGAUGAGGCGAAUUUUGGUUCCCGUCUACUGUUCCAUUGGGUUGGACCUCUAAUAUCAAAAGGGCUGGCUGGCAAUUUAAAACGAAUUGAAGAUCUUUUUGAUCUACCAGAGGCUUUAAAUAUAUCACGUAUUAGUGAAAAACUGCAAACUAGCAUAUCAAGGUCGAAGAAUUUGGUAUGGGCCUUACACAAGGCCUUUGGCAAGGAGUUUUAUUCCAUAGGUAUUUUAAGAUUUAUAGCAGAUACCACCAGCUUUGCUGGGCCCCUAUUACUAGGCGGCUUAUUAAGUCAAGCCACGGGUUCAAACAACAACAAUAAUAGUAAUGGAGAUGAGGAAAAUGAGGAAACAAACUGGAAACCCUAUAUUUAUGCAUUGGGUUUGUUGGGAACGCAAUUGGUGUAUGCAUUUUGCUCGUGUCAUUUUAUGUGGCGCAUGUCGUUGAUUGGCAUGAAAAUGCGAAUUGGUGUGGUCAGUGCCAUAUAUCGCAAAGCAUUGGAGGCCCGCGGCCUCAAGGAUGCAACCCCCGAAGUAUUAAAUCUCAUGUCCACCGAUACAGAUCGUAUUGUCAACUCCUGUAUAUCCUUCCAUUCAUUUUGGAGUAUACCAUUUCAAUUGUUUACAACUCUCUAUUUGCUCUACACGCAGUUGGGUGCAGCCUUUUUAGCUGGUGUUGUCUUCGCCACCGCUCUUAUACCCAUCAAUCGUUGGUUAGCCAAACGUAUUGCCUACUAUUCACAGGGUCUGAUGACUGCGAAAGAUGCUCGCCUCUCGGCAACAAGUGAAACUAUGUCGGGAGCGAAACAGAUUAAACUCAAUGCCUGGGAAGAUGUUUUCAUAAAAAAGAUUUUAAAUCUACGCAAAGAAGAAGUUAAAUUUUUGGGUAAACGUAAAUAUUUAGAUGCAUGGUGUGUUUAUUUUUGGGCCACCACCCCGGUGCUCAUGUGUUUUCUAACCUUCGGGGUUUCGGUAUGGAUGGGUAAUCCAUUAAUUGCCUCAACAACAUAUACAAGUGUGGCUUUGUUAAAUUUACUUAUUGGCCCGCUAAAUGCUUUUCCAUGGGUAUUAAAUGGUUUGGUGGAGGCAUGGAUUUCGGUGAAACGGGUUCAGGAACUUAUUGAUCUCCAAGAUUUAGAUUUUUCCUCAUACUAUAAUCCCAUUAUGAAAGCCAGUUCCAUAUCAUCCACGGUGGAUGAACCCAUUACUGUUUUACAGCUAAAAGAUGCCACAUUUGAAUAUGAAGCUGAGGCUAUUGAAAAUGACUUACAAAUUACCACAUUCCGUUUGGAACAAAUCAAUAUGGAAGUGAAGAAGGGUGAACUUGUUUGCAUUGAAGGCCCCGUGGGUUCGGGUAAAAGCAGUCUAAUAGCCGCCAUUGUGGCUGGUAUUAACUGUAUUGAAGGUUCAAUUUGUAUACAUGAUUUGACAUCGGGUUUUGGUUAUGUACCCCAAACCCCAUGGCUUCAACGUGGCACGAUACGUGACAAUAUUAUUUGGGGUGGGGUGUUCGAUGAACAAUGGUACAAAUCAGUAUUAUUUGCAUGUGCCUUAAAUGAGGAUAUCACAGCGCUCGGUGGUGAUUUGGUGGGUAUUGGAGAAAAUGGUCGCACCCUGUCGGGUGGACAACGGGCCCGGGUGGCCUUAGCCAGAGCUGUUUAUCAGGAUAAAAAGUUUUACUUAUUGGAUGACAUUUUGGCAUCCCUAGAUGCCCAUGUAGCCAAACAUAUUGUUAAACAUUGUGUUUUAAAUUUAUUAAAAGAUAAAACGCGAAUAAUUAUAACACGAAAUACUACGCUAUUUUAUCAUGCCAAUCAGAUUCUACAUUUAGAAAAUGGUAAGUUGACAAUGAGCGAAUACAUGACCGAGAGCAUUGACUUGAGUUUAGAGGACUCAAAUGAUGAGGCUGAUAUGAUGGAAAAACGGCGGGCAUCGAUAAAUUUGGAUGAACUGCAAAAAGAUGGUGACAAUAAUAGUGUAGAUAGUAUAAUGUUGGAGGAAUCCCGAGAAUAUGGCCAUCUGGCAAUGAAUGUCUUCGCCUGCUAUUGGAAAGCAGUUUCAUCACCCUUGGCAAUUUUAGUUUUAUUCUCAGUGGUAUUUAUGCAAAUAACAAGAAAUUUAUCCGAUGCCUGGUUGGCCCAUUGGGUAACGGAUACCACACUGGAUGGCAAUUCGAAUGAUACAGCGAAUGAUACAAAUCUAUUGCUGCAUGUUAUUAAGCCUGUACAAUUGUUUUCAAAUGAUUCGGAUAAUACGGAAACACAUACCACGGGUUAUUAUUUGGGUGUAUAUGCUUCCUUGACCAUUACCAAUUCUUUGGUAACAAUGGCAAGAUCUUUUUUGUUUGCCUAUGCUGGUUUAAAGGCGGCGAAAUUUAUUCACGAUAAAUUGCUACACAAAGUUAUGUAUGCCAAAUUCAGUUUCUUCGACAUCACAUCGGUGGGACGUAUUUUGAAUCGUUUUUCCUCGGACACAUACACCGUCGACGAUUCAUUGCCAUUUAUUUUAAAUAUUUUACUUGCCCAAGUUGUGGGUCUGAUCGGCGCCAUAGUUAUCAGUCUUUAUGCCAUGCCUUGGUUGGGUCUAGUUAUUGUACCCAUGGUACCGAUAUAUCUUAGCUUACAGCAUCGGUAUCGUCAUGCAUCGCGUGAUAUUAAAAGGCUGUCUAGUAACGCUCUGUCACCGCUUUACACCCAUUUCACCGAAACUCUGCAAGGUUUAAACACCAUUCGAACAAUGCGUGCCAGUUCAAGGUUUCAGCGAGAUUUUCACGCCAAAUUGGAAGAGAGCAUCAAGGCCCAGUUAACAUCUUCGGCAGCACAAAAUUGGCUUAGCAUGCGUUUACAGUUAUUGGGUGCGGUAUUGGUUGGUGGAGCCGGCAUUUUGGCAGCUGUGACUUCCGCCCAUGCAAGUAAUCCGGGUCUAGUGGGUUUGGCCAUCUCAUAUGCUCUCAGUGUAACCCACAUUUUGGGUGGUGUACUAAAUGCUGUUGCUGAGACAGAACAAGAAUUAGUGGCUGUCGAACGUAUCGAACAAUAUUUACAAAUUGAAGGAGAAGAUAAUGCCGAUGGUAGCGUGAAUCCACCAUUUGGUUGGCCUGCUCAAGGUUCAAUCGAUUUUCGUAAAGUUGAGCUCCGCUAUAGGGAGCAUUUAACGCCGGCGCUGCAUGACAUCAACUUUAAAACAGAGGCCUUUGAACGUUUGGCAAUAGUUGGGCGUACGGGGGCGGGAAAAUCUUCAAUACUGGCUGCCCUGAUGCGUGUGGCACCCAUAACAAGGGGAGAAAUUCUCUUAGAUUGUGUUAAUUUGAAAACCUUAUCUCUCUUCACUCUACGCGAUCGUAUUGGCAUCAUUCCCCAGGAACCCUUCCUUUUCGAGGGUACGGUACGAGAAAAUCUUGAUCCUCGUGGAGCUCAUUACGAUUCCGAAAUAUGGCAUGCCAUAACAAAUUGUAAUGCUGUCACUUGUUUGGUACAAUCCAUGGGCGGUUUAGAUGGUAAAUUAGAGAGAGGUGGUAUCAAUCUCUCCGCGGGACAAAAACAAUUACUUUGUUUAGCCCGAGCCCUGUUGAAAAAUUCCAAAGUUGUUUGUAUCGAUGAGGGUACCUCAAAUUUAGAUGAAGAUUCGGAAUUUGCAAUGCAUCAAGCCAUAAAGACAUCCUUUAAAAGUUCUACAAUUAUUUUCAUAGCACAUCGUUUGCAGGGUCUACACAAUAUGGAUCGUAUUAUUGUCGUCGAUCAGGGUCAGAUACGGGAGCAGGGUACACCUCAGGCAUUGGCCCAAGAUAGUAAUUCCUUGUUUUAUAGUAUGCUGCAGGCUCAACACAUUGACAAGCAACAAUUUUGUCAAAGUGAUAAUUGA